CCGCCUCACACCGAAGUGGAGACGGGGAGAGAGUGCCGAGUGCGGUGUGCCCACUCCUCGUACUCGCCAUCAGCACCACCGCCGUACUCAUCCCAGCGUCGCAAUCUUCAUCCGCCACUGUUUUUGUUCUGUGUCUCUGUCGGAGAGGGACGAGCUGGUUGGCGAUGGAGAAGAAGGCGUUGAUCAUAUGUGCGUCCGCGGGCUUUCUAGGCCUCCUCUCCGCAGCACUCGCCUUUGCUGCAGAGGCCACAAGGAUUAAGGUUUCUGAUGUGCAAACAAUACUAGGUACGUGUGUGUACCCAAGAAGGAGCCCAGCAGUAGCUCUAGGAUUACUAUCAGCAGUGGCUCUUGUGAUUGCUCAGGUCAUCAUAAAUUCUGUAGCUUGUCAUAUGUGCUGCAAUCAUCCUAAUCCAUCAGACACCAACUGGAGAAAAGGGUUGAUCUCCUUUAUUGCUUCUUGGGGUAGCUUGGUAGCAGCGCUUGUUUUUCUAUUGAGUGGUGCUGCCCUGAACGACCGAUGGGGACAAGAAAAGAUGUAUUUUGGUGAAUUGUGCUACAUUGUCAAGUUUGGAGUAUUUUCCGGAGGCGCUCUCUUGUCUCUUGUAAGUGUUUCCCUUGCGAUUGUUUAUUACAUCUCAUCCCUAUCAAUUAAGAACGUGCAGACUUCGGAUCAACAACUAAGUCAAGUCAUUCCAUUUGGUGAUGAUCCUCAUACUCCUCCAGCAUUUCUGCACGAGGAUACUCUUAAGUUACAACCUGUAGAGAUGAAGCAUGUUUGAUCCUUGUCAACUCUCUAUUUUCAUUUUCUUUUGCUUGUCACCUCACCUGCCCAUAUGCAUAGAAUCACUCACUACUUCAGAGUGCUGUUUGAAAUUUUUGCAAAUAUACAAUGUUAUUGCUUGAGACUUUUAGCUUUUUUUCAAUGAAUAUAUAGUUGAAUGUUUUUUA